GGCAUACCCGGGUCCGAGUAGAUUUGUUUGUUCGGUAAUGGAACUAUCCAUUAUUGUUAAUUUCUAUAUUUAAACAGUGUAUGAAGAGGCACAGCUACAGAGCUUAAUCUGCAAGUUGGACUCCGCACCGAACAGAAUGGUGAAUAAAACCCUCGAAAACCCUCGAAAACCCACCAAAAGGAAUAAAUCGUUAAACACGGCAUUUCUGCUAAUUUUUUCCACCUUCCUUCCAAAGAUCUAACCUGCGGAGCUUACGUACUUGACGAAAUGAGCUCAACAAUUUCAAAUUCUCGUCCGGUUUUCGUUAUCAUUCCUGGCGCGUCUCAAACACCCUCCCACUAUGCUCAUUUGAUUCAUUUACUUCACAGCCGUGGCUAUGGAACCCUAACGGCUCUCCUCCCUAGUGGUGGGGCAACCAAACCAGUUAGUGCGGAAGAAGAUGCCGAGUUCAUCCGAUCACGCUUACUGCUUCCGCUCCUGGACACAGAGAAGCAUAACGUGGUGUUAGUUAUGCACUCUUACGCUGGACUUCCUGGUAGUGCGGCAGCACGUGGAUUGGGAGAGGCGGAGCGCAUAGCUGAGGGAAAGACAACCUCUGUUCUAGGGCAGAUAUUUAUCUCGACAAUCUUGCCAUACGGAGGUGAUGGUGCCGAUGUAAUCGCCACUCUUGGUGGUCACUGGCCUCCAUUUAUCAACGUUAAUGUCGCCGAGGGACGUAUCAAAUGCGACCAGCCUAAGGUACCUCUAUAUGCAGAGAUUUCUUCACCGGUGGACGAAGCAUUAGCAAUGUCAUGCAUCAGCCAAAGCAUCACAUGUUUCACUAGUCCAUGUCCUCUUACAAGCUGGCAUUCUGAGGCAUUUCAAGGUCGUUGUGCAUAUGUGCGAACACUUCAUGAUCAAGCUGUCCCAUACGAAGCACAAUGUGCAAUGCUAGAGAGCACAGGACGGAAGUGGAUCGUUCAUGAUAUCGCCACUGGGCAUAGUCCUCAACUUGCUGCGCCAGAGUCACUGGUUGAGAUUAUCUUGGAAUCAGCGCGGCAAUUUGGAGCCCUACCACAAAUACAGAAGGAUAAAAGUACGCUAAGCGUUAACACCGGUCUUUUCGAUUUGCGUCGCUUGGUAUGGUGGAUGAAGUUGUUUACGAAAAUGUGGAAAUAACCAUAUGCAGAGUGGACAAUCUCCACCCGGUAAAGCAAUACAGAGAACGUGUAAAUAUGUUUAUGAGACGGUGGUAAAGAUGAUGGGAAGUAGAUAUUACACAACAAAACUUCCUUCCUUUACAUCCUUCGU